ACCCAGCGGCCAGAGCAGAGCGUCAUGCAAGCCCUCGAGAGUCUUAAUGAUGGACAAGUGAAUGACUUCUUGACGGGCAAGGCCCCUCUCAACUUGACCAUGCGCCUUGGUGACCACAUGAUGCUGAUCCAACUGCAGCUGUCCACGGUGUCCCCAGGCGGGUCCAGAAAGUCACGCCUCCAGACCAACCAUUCUGCCAUGAACAAGGAGGUUCUGCUCGUACCUCUGCACACAGCCAUCCUCUGACACCUCCCUAUACCCCUCAUAGUCCGGUCACAUGUGCAGGCUACUCUCCUCUGCACACGUCCCCUGUUUCUGGCCAAUCCACACCCCCAGCCUCUGUCACUAUCAACCCUAGUCAAAUCUCUUCCACGACAUCUUCGUCAUCUGCUAGGGCUGCCUCCCGCUCCCCCUCAACCCCAAACAGCCCAGCCUCUUCCUCAUCUUCAUCCUCAGGCGGAUCCAAUGCCAGCUCUCCCUCAGGCCUAGGGUAUGACAGUGACUUGCCUGUGAGAGGGUGCCCUCACAGGGGUGAAGAGAUGGAUCUCAGGGCUACCCUGGACACCAAGGCCCUAGCAGAGGCUUCUCGUAAUCUUACCCAGACCCUCAAGCAGCUCUCUUCUGAGGUCCUCACAUCCAAGCCAGAGCUUAAACAGGAGAGUCGAUCCCCUCCAGAAAUUGCUGCAACUUAUUUAGGCACAAAAGGAGCCAGUGAUUGCACCAACGAGCUAUCAUCGAGAGUAUGCACCACCAUGGGAAAGGAGUGUACUCAGGCACUUUCUCAGGUACCCUCAACCCAGCACUGCAGGACAGGCAGGGACGGCCAAAACGGGAUAUCUCAACAAUAAUCCACAUACUUAAUGACCUCUUGUGUGCCACACCACAGUAUCGUCGCCACAACACCAGCAUUACCCUUAGUUCAACAACACCCUCCAGGACCAAGAGUUCAGGGAGCAGUGCACCCAAGGAGAAGGGAAAGCCACUGAAUACCUCCUCAACAGACAUCUCACAAUCUCAGGAGGACAUGAUGGAGGCAAACAGGAGGAAAGCUGUUGAUGAACCACAAGCUGGUGACCAGGAUUCAGGUGAUGAGAACCAAGCAAUGCGAACAAAAGUGGAGCAGCUACGCCUAAUCAUGGAGCAGCGACGGGCCCGGCGCAAAGCUCGGCGCGAUGCCCGGGCACGCCCUUACCCACACACUGCUGCAUCAUGGGCCACAGACACCACAGUGCCUGCUGUUGUCACCACAACCAGCACAGCAGCAGCAUCUGCUACUCAAGCAAUGGAUGUGGAUGGAGGAGAUACUGAUGGUACUGAUCCCACCACCCUUUGUGAGCUCAACUCAGAGACUGUAGUGGCUUAAUGAUGGCCCAUCAUUAGAAGGAUGUUAGGUUAAUGUGUAGGGAGGAUUUGCCACUGUGAAUUGUUUAGAUGGAUUUAGGUGUAAGUGAUGAGUAUACCUUUGCACAACUGCCUAUAACCCAAGGUGACUCAAUUUAGCCAAGGUGGUCAAGCCUUUAUGUUGAAAGUCUUGUCAUUUGGCAGAAAGUAAGAAAAUGCAAGGUCUGUUGUCUGUGAUUUAGGGUUGACUGUGUUGCAGCCAAACUGUGACACAAAAGCAGUGUGUGAUGAUGUGCUUCCAUAGUUGGAAAAGAUGAGUGUUCCAGAUCAAUCAAGGAAGGAGACUGUGCUGAACUUGAGUAAUAAAUUGUUAUAGCACUGUUUGUCUAAACUACCUUGAGGAGAGAGACAAUAAUGUCCUGGGGUUGAUUUU